AUGUUUCAUCUUAUCACGUUCCUGCAGUGGGCCCGCUUCACACAAAAUCCAUCGCUUCCUGAAUCCAAAUAUGCAGCCGCUGAAGGUCCCACCGUGAAGAAAGAGAUUCUGGAUGCCAUCCAUCCACCAAAGGAAUGGUCAAAAGGAAACAAAGUGUGGGUGCAGAAGGUAUCCAGUGCACCUUCUACCAGAGCAGAUCUCCUCCAGCUGCAGGAACAGCUGGAUAUGAAGCUGGAGCAGGAACAGGCCCGACACGCAGGCAUCUGUCCCAUCCGCAGAGAGCUUUAUUCUCAGUGUUUUGAUGAAUUAAUCAGGCAGGAAAGCGUCCUCUGUGAGGAGAGGGGUCUGCUUCUGCUGCGACUCAGAGAUGAGAUCAGAAUGAGCAUGGCAGCCCACCAGAAGCUGUACGAAAACACCCUCUCUCAUGGCAUCAGGCAUGUCAUGAGAAAAGAGGAUUUACAAGAACGGAUUAGAGUUCUGGAAAAUGAGAAGCAGGAACUGCUGAAAGAAAUAAAUGAACAAAAAGAGAACAGUGAUGCGAAUAAGAAGAGACAAACUGAGAUGAGAGAAACAGCAGAAAAGAAGUAUGAUGAGGAGAAGCAAACCAAUCAAAAGUCAAAGAUGAAGCUGUAUUCAGAGGCAGGAAUACUUAAGGAAAGGAAACGAGAUGAAUAG